CAUCUCAUUUUCUCAGCUCCUAUAAACAGUAUAAAAGUACUCUGCUUUUCUUCCCUGUUUCUUCAUACAAGUAUUACCCAAUCUUUACUUUUUGUUUUUCUUGUUGGGUUUGCAUUGAUUCCGUUGUUAGGUGGGUAGAUGGGCCUUGUUUUCUAGCUCUCCUCUCUCUCCUCUUUUGUCCUCUGUUUCUGGCGAAGAAACCGGUGAGUUUGUUGCAUAAUAAUAAUCCAAAUCCUGGACAAGAACCGGAGAGCCUAAGAAGGGGAAGUCAGCUCAAAUGGAAAAGGAAAGUGAUUUUCGCCGUUGGGAUGAACUAAUUCCUGAUGCUUUGGGGCUAAUAUUCCGCAGUCUGUCUCUGCAAGAGGUACUGACAGUGAUCCCCAGGGUAUGCAAGUCCUGGAACAAGGUAGUCUCGGGUCCAUACUGUUGGCAAGACAUAGACAUUGAGGAAUGGAGUAGUUACUGCCGCCAACCUGAGAAGAUAGGUCGUAUGCUAGAAAUGCUGAUCAGAAGAAGUUCUGGAUCUAUACGCAAGCUCUGCAUUUCGCGGCUUCAGAAGGAUACCGAUUUCUCACUCAUUGUAGAGAAUGCUGCUGCAUCUCUUCAGGCUUUGCAACUGCCAAGAGGUGAAAUGAGUGAUUCCAUAGUGGAACAGACUGCUGGAAGGCUUGCCACAAUUACUUUCUUGGAUUUGAGCUACUGCUGUAAAAUUGGCCCUCGUGCUUUAGAGGCCAUUGGAAAGCACUGUAAAGUUCUUGUCAGUCUGCGCCGGAACAUGCAUCCACUGGAUAAUGCAGACAAGCCCCCUCAGGAUGAUGAGGCAAAUGCAAUUGCUGCCACAAUGCCUAGGCUCAAGCACCUUGAGAUGGCUUAUAAUCUUGUCAGCACAACAGGCAUUCUGAAGAUCCUCGCAAGCUGCUCUGAGCUUGAGUAUCUGGAUUUGAGAGGUUGUUGGGAUGCAGACGACCUUGAUGAGAAGUUCUUCAAGGAAAAGUUCCCAAAACUGAAGGUCUUAGGGCCAGUGAUCAUGGAUGCCAUGGACUACCGGAUGGAUGAAUGGGACUAUUGCUCAGAUUACUCAGAUGGCUCUGAGUAUUUGUCAUGGGGUUAUCCAGCCAGUGAACUGGAUGACUUUGACAUCUAUGAUGCACUUUGGGGGGAUGAUGAGGACAACAUGGUGCUGGAUGAACUUGAGCUGAGGUUCUAUGAAGGAAUCAACGAGGAUGCCGGAAUGUCUGGCUGGCCUCUGUCUCCUUAAUUAGGUCCUGUUUCCUUGCUCUUCAUGUUUGUCUAUCCGUUUCUAGCACUUCUCUUCAAAUAUGUAGGAACUUCAUAUGAUGUAUGAAAAAUGUAUGCUAGCUAUGUUUUAAUAGAAAAUAAAAUUAGUGGUGUGAU